GGCGCGUUGAUGCCUAUUUCCUAUUACCAUAGGUUGCCACCCUCUCUCAAAUUUGUCGUGAUUGUGAUUAUCAAACGGUCCAUGUGCCAUGCAUCCUAGUAUAGAAAAGGUGGGGCCACAACACCCAAAAAACCCCCGUGAAGGUCUUUUAGAUUACAAAGAAAGGGAUACUUGUGUCGGCUGGUAAUGGCCUCACAAGAAACCCUCAAGAAAUACCCUUCUCACAGUUACCUCAUAAUUUAUGUUCUCACAACAAUCUUCUAAUAUUCCGCGUAAUAUCAGUCUUUGAGUCUUUCUUUUAAUCCAUCCACCAUCGAUCUUUCUUUGGAGAAAGUAUAACAAGCUUUGUUCAAUUAUCAAUGGGGAAUUGUGUGUUUAAAGGGUUUGGUGGAAUGGAAGAGAUGGUGAAGGUAAUAACCUCAAGUGGUGGCAUCAUGGAACUCUACGCACCCAUCACCGUAGAGUGCAUAACAAACGAGUUCCCAGGCCACGCCAUAUUCCGAAGCCGAGACCUCUUUGCACAGCCACUUCUCCACAACGAAGAACUCCAUGUGGGACAACUAUACUAUCUCCUCCCUCUCAACCCGUACAAACACAACAACACCAACGCCAAGCAAUCUGACACAGCCACCAACAACAACAACAACAUGUCUUCUUCUUCGUCUAUCAAUGUAACCACGCCGUACCGCAUGUCUUCAUGUGAUAACCAAGGGAUCAUGAAGCGGUUCUCGGACCCAGAAGUUGUACCGAGGUAUAAUAGCAGUGGGGUGUGGAAGGUGAAGCUGGUGAUUAGCCCUGAGCAGUUGUCUGAGAUUUUGUCACAGGAGUCUCGCACUGAGGCGUUGAUUGAGAGCGUAAGGACGGUGGCGAAGUGCGGAAAUGGGGUCCCGUCGGCGGCUAACUCCGACCAGUGGAGCGUGUCCAGUAGUUGGAAGGGAUCGUCGGAGAAGUAUGGUUUAGAUACUUAGUGC